AUGUCCAAUGUGCCAAAUCAGAAAUAUCGUCGUGCAGCGGCGAUAAUACUAGUAUCCAGCGGCCGAAAAGGCCAGGCCUCUGGUUCUAAAUCUCACCGAGUCCUCCCGAUCGCCGCGGCCCUGCCGAAUCCGCCACCUCGUCUUCCACGUCGCACCCCAAAAUACAGUCCUGUCGCCGACCGCCACCUCGUCCUCGACCGUUGA